AUCUAAUUCAGAUGGCGCUGUUGAGCUUUAUCUAUGCCUACGAAAGAAAGGUCGGAACACGUGUAUAUCAUGGUGCAAUAGACAGAUUCGAAAUUUUAUAAUUUCAUCAUCAUGAGCGAUUCCGAUUCUAUCGAUACGGAUGUAGAAGAGACUGUGUGUGAAAGAUUGGAAAAUGGAGAUGGGAAAGCUCCAAAUGACAUUGAAUUUGACGAUGUUGUUGUCGACAUCUCACUUCAUCCGUCGAAAGAUGUUAUUGCUGCUGGAACAAUGGAUGGUGACAUUUUUGUAUAUUCCUAUUCAGAAGAGGGUCCAAAUCACGAAUUAAUAACAUUAAACCAUCACAAGAAAUGUUGUCGAGCUUUGAGUUUCUCUCAUGAUGGUAAUCUUUUGUUCAGCACAUCCAGAGACAAAUCAAUAAAAAUAGUCGACAUGAAUGCAGGGUCAUUGAGUCACAAAAUAAUCAAAGCCCACGAAUCUCCUAUAUAUUGUUUACUACCUAUUGAUGAUUAUUUGUUAGCCACAGGUGAUGAUGAUGGAAAUUUUAAGGUUUGGGAUUUUCGACGGAAAACAGCCAUUAUGGAAAACAAACAGUGUGAAGAAUACAUUAGUGACAUGGUUAUAGAUGAACAACGUAGAAUAAUAGCAGCUACAAGUGGUGAAGGUACGCUCACAGCAUUCAAUGUACGUGCCAGAAGGAUGGAGCUACAAUCUGAACUGUUUGAUUCUGAAUUUCUGUCUGCCGCUGUUGUAAAAAAUGGCAGAAAAGUAUUAGUAGGAACCGGAGAAGGAGCCAUUAAUAUAUUUAAUUGGGGAGAAUGGGGAAACAUUAGUGAUCGUUUUCCAGGUCAUCCAGAAUCAGUAGAUAGAAUAAUUGCUAUAAAUAACAAUAUAGUAUGUACUGGAUCAAGUGAUGGUAAAAUCAGGGCUAUGCACAUGUUUCCUCAUAGGUUUCUAGGAAUUGUUGGAGACCAUGAAGAUUUUCCAAUUGAAAGCUUGAGUGUGUCUAACAAUAGAAAAUAUUUGGCCAGUUGUUCACAUGACCAAACAGUUAAAUUUUGGAACAUUUCCUCUCUAGAAAAUGUGCUGGAACAUCCAAAUGAAAAAGGGAAAAGAAGGAAAACAGAUUAUCUGUCUUCAUCUAAAAGAACAGACUUCUUUGCAGACCUGGUUGAAUAAAAACUGUUUAUUUAACAACGAAUGUGAUACAAGCUUACGAGUUUAAAAAAAUACUACAUGGGAAUACUGUCGACCAAUUUUAUAAAAAUGAAAAGUUGGCAGAUUCGGAAUGUCUUAAAUAAAUAUAUAAAAAAACUAUAUUACAUUUGGAU